GAAUGGGGUGAACGUGGAAGGAGCAACACACAAGCAAGUGGUGGAUCUGAUCCGUGCAGGGGAGAAGGAGUUAAUUCUGACGGUGCUGUCGGUGCCUCCCCACGAGGCAGAUAACCUGGACCCCAGCGAUGACUCUUUGGGGCAGUCGUUUUAUGACUACACGGAAAAACAAGCCGUGCCCAUCUCCAUCCCCACCUACAAGCACGUGGAGCAGAACGGCGAGAAGUUUGUGGUCUACAAUGUUUACAUGGCAGGUCGCCAGCUCUGCUCCAAGCGAUACCGGGAAUUCGCCAUCCUGCACCAGAACCUGAAACGGGAAUUUGCCAACUUCACUUUUCCACGUCUCCCCGGGAAAUGGCCCUUCUCUCUGUCAGAGCAGCAGCUGGACGCCCGGCGGCGAGGCCUGGAGGAGUAUCUGGAGAAAGUGUGUUCAAUACGUGUCAUCGGGGAGAGUGACAUCAUGCAGGAGUUCCUCUCGGAGUCGGAUGAGAAUUACAACGGCGUCUCGGACGUGGAGCUGCGAGUAGCGUUACCAGAUAUAACAACAGUGACAGUCCGAGUGAAGAAGAACAGCACUACAGACCAGGUGUACCAGGCUGUGGCUGCCAAAGUCGGCAUGGACAGUAUUACCGCAAACUACUUCGCCUUGUUUGAAGUGAUCAAUCACUCCUUUG